AUUGUCUCAGGCUCCACUGGAAAUGCAGCAAGGAUUCCUAGCACAUCCCAGUUGCCAUAGCAACAGCAGUCUUUCCCAUAAUGAGCUGCAUCAUCUGAACUGAUGUCACAGCAUCAUGCAGCAGGUCAAACAAGGCAUCUCCUAGUAUUGCAUCCUACAGAUGUGCUGUAAACAUCAAAAGAAGGCGGUGGGAGCAGGAGAUGCUGUUUUGGAAAGAAGUAAGGCUUAGACUUCUCCAUGUUAACCAUGAGCGUGACACUUUCCCCUCUGAGGUCACAGGACCUGGAUCCCAUGGCUACUGAUGCUUCACCCAUGGCCAUCAACUUGACACCCACUGUGGAGCAGGGUGAGGGAGAAGAGGCGAUGAAAGACAUGGAUUCUGACCAGCAGUAUGAAAAGCCACCCCCACUGCAUACAGGGGCCGACUGGAAGAUUGUCCUCCACUUACCUGAAAUUGAGACCUGGCUCCGGAUGACCUCAGAGAGGGUCAGAGACCUAACCUAUUCAGUCCAGCAGGACUCAGACAGCAAGCAUGUGGAUGUGCAUCUAGUUCAACUAAAGGACAUUUGUGAGGAUAUUUCUGAUCAUGUUGAGCAAAUCCAUGCCCUCCUUGAAACGGAGUUCUCCCUGAAGCUGCUAUCCUACUCCGUCAACGUGAUUGUGGACAUCCACGCGGUGCAGCUCCUCUGGCACCAGCUCCGCGUCUCAGUGCUGGUUCUGCGGGAGCGCAUUCUGCAAGGUCUGCAGGACGCCAAUGGCAACUACACCAGACAGACGGACAUUCUGCAAGCUUUCUCUGAAGAGACAAAUGAGGACCGGCUUGAUGCUCUAACAGAAGUGGAUGACUCAGGACAGUUAACUAUCAAAUGCUCGCAGAAUUACUUGUCUCUGGAUUGUGGCAUUACUGCUUUCGAACUGUCUGACUACAGUCCAAGUGAGGAUUUGCUCAGUGGCCUGGGUGAUAUGACCUCUAGCCAGGUCAAAACCAAACCCUUUGACUCUUGGAGCUACAGUGAAAUGGAAAAGGAGUUCCCUGAGCUUAUCCGAAGUGUUGGGUUACUUACGGUGGCUCCUGACGCGGUCCCUUCCAACUGCAGCGAAGCAGUUAGUGAGGAGGCGUCUCAAGUGUCUCUUUCAGCAGAUGACAGAGGUGGAUGUGAGGAAAACAGUGCGGCCACACUGGAGGAGCAGCCAGGCUUAACGCAGGGGCUGUCAUCUUCAGGGGAAGCUCUGCCAAAUGCUGGACAACCCUCUUUGGAGGCUGUGAAGCAAGAAUCUGAUUCCUCUUCCCAACUUGGGGCAAAGAAUCAACAGCCUCUUCCUUGUGAAAAUGCAACCCCCAAGCGUUCCAUCAGAGAUUGCUUUAAUUAUAACGAGGACUCUCCCACACAGCCCACGUUGCCAAAAAGAGGGCUUUUCCUUAAAGACGAGACUUUUAAGAACAAUCUAAAAGGCACUAGUGGAAAGAAGCAGAUGGUUGAUCUCAAGCCUGAGAUGAGCAGGAGCACGCCCUCCCUGGUGGACCCUCGUGACAGAUCCAAGCUUCGCCUGGUGUUACAGUCUCCUUACCCCAACAGACCUUCUGCGGCCAGCUACUCGUAUGAGUGUUUGCACAGAGUGGGGGAUGGGAAUCUUGAAAACACAGUCAAAAGUCACAUUAAGGAGAUCUCCUCCAGCCUGGGGACGCUUAAUGACGGCCAUAAAGAGAAGCUUCAACUUCAAAAGCCUCACAAGACCGUAGAAGAGGUGCCUUCAUGCCAGACACCACCUAAACGGGAACCCAGUUCAGGCAAGCAAGCCCAAAACACUAGGAGCUCAGUAGUGCCGAAUGGAAUUCCUUCUAGUACUUCCAAGGCCAUAGAGGGGCCAGAAACAGAUUCUGCUUCCGCAUCCUCACUUGAGCCGUAUAACCAGAGUGGUUGGAAUGCCAAAUUGCCAGUGCAGUCAGAAACAUCCAGUUCACCACCUUGUAGUCAAAGCAGUGAGUCCUCUGCUGGCUCAGACAACGUCAUGUCUCCGGUUCCCCUUCUUUCAGAACACAAAAGCAAAAAAAGCUACACCUCCUCCCCAAGUCACGUCACCAGGAACGGUCAGGUUGUGGAGGCCUGGUAUGGCUCUGAUGAGUACCUAGCGCUGCCCUCUCACCUUAAGCAGACAGAAGUAUUAGCUUUGAAGUUGGAAAACCUAACAAAGCUUCUGCCUCAGAAACCCAGGGGAGAAACUAUUCAGAAUAUUGAUGACUGGGAACUGUCUGAAAUGAAUUCAGAUUCUGAGAUCUAUCCAACAUACCAUGUCAAGAAGAAGCAUACAAGGCUAGGCAGGGUGUCUCCAAGCUCAUCCAGUGAUAUAGCCUCUUCGCUCGGGGAGAGCAUUGAAUCUGGCCCCCUUAGUGACCUUCCUUCCGACGAGGAGUUGUGCGUGCCUCUCUCUGGCAUGAAAAAAUACAUUGAUGAGAAGUCAGAGAGAGCUUCAUCCUCUGAGAAAAAUGAGAGCCAUUCCACUACAAAGUCUGCUUUAAUUCAGAAACUGAUGCAAGAUAUUCAACACCAAGACAACUAUGAAGCCAUAUGGGAAAAAAUAGAGGGGUUUGUAAACAAGCUGGAUGAAUUUAUUCAAUGGUUAAACGAAGCCAUGGAAACCACUGAGAAUUGGACACCUCCCAAAGCAGAGACGGAUGGCCUUAAACUGUACCUGGAGACGCACUUGAGUUUUAAGUUGAAUGUAGACAGUCAUUGUGCUCUCAAGGAAGCUGUGGAGGAGGAAGGACUCCAACUUCUCGAGCUUAUUGCAUCUCACAAAGCAGAAGGACUAAAGGACAUGCUGCGGAUGAUAGCAAGUCAAUGGAAGGAGCUGCAGAGGCAAAUCAAACGGCAACACAGCUGGAUUCUCAGGGCUCUGGAUACCAUCAAAGCUGCGAUUCUGGCUACUGAUGUGUCUGUGGAGGGUGAGGAAGGGACGGGAAGCCCCAAGGCUGAGGUUCAACUAUGCUACCUGGAAGCACAAAGAGAUGCUGUUGAGCAGAUGUCCCUCAAGCUGUACAGCGAGCAGUACACCAGCAGCAGCAAGAGGAAAGAAGAGUUUGCUGACAUGUCAAAAGUUCAUUCAGUAGGAGGCAACGGGCUUCUGGACUUUGAUUCAGAAUAUCAGGAGCUCUGGGAUUGGCUGAUUGACAUGGAGUCCCUCGUGAUGGACAGUCACGACCUGAUGAUGUCAGAGGAACAGCAGCAGCAUCUUUACAAGCGAUACAGUGUGGAAAUGUCCAUCAGGGACCUGAAAAAGACGGAGCUGCUUAGUAAGGUUGAAGCUUUGAAGAAAGGUGGCGUUUUACUACCAAAUGAUCUCCUUGAAAAAGUGGAUUCAAUUAAUGAAAAAUGGGAACUGCUUGGGAAAACCCUAGGAGAGAAGAUCCAGGACACAAUGGCAGGGCACAGUGGGUCGGGUGCACGUGACCUGCUCUCUCCUGAAAGCGGAAGCCUGGUAAGGCAGCUGGAGGUCAGGAUCAAAGAACUGAAAGGGUGGCUAAGAGAUACAGAGCUUUUCAUCUUCAAUUCCUGUCUGAGACAAGAAAAGGAAGGAACAAUGAAUGCUGAGAAACAACUGCAAUACUUUAAGUCCCUCUGUUGUGAAAUAAAGCAGCGACGUCGUGGAGUGGCCUCCAUCCUGCGAUUAUGCCAACAUCUUCUGGAUGACCGGGAGACCUGCAAUCUGAAUGCAGACCACCAACCCAUGCAGUUGAUCAUUGUAAAUCUUGAAAGAAGGUGGGAAGCCAUUGUCAUGCAAGCCGUCCAGUGGCAAACACGGCUACAAAAGAAGAUGGGAAAGGAACCUGAGACUUUGAAUGUGAUUGAUCCUGGCUUGAUGGACCUAAAUGGGACAAGUGAGGAUGCCCUGGAAUGGGAUGAAACUGACAUAAGUAAUAAGUUAAUUAGUUUGAAUGAAGAAUCGAAUGACCUUGAUCAAGAAUCCCAACCUGUCUUGCCUUCCUCAAAGCUUGAAGAGAGAGGUGGUGAGGACCCUGGUUAUGAAGAAGAGGCAGGUGACCACGGGGCAUCUCAGUGUGCAUCGAGUAUCACUGCCCCAUCCAGUCCACACAUUUACCAAGUAUACAGCCUCCACAAUGUUGAGCUCUAUGAAGACAACCACAUCCCAUUCUUGAAAAACAAUCCGAACUUCACUAGCAUGACACAGUCUAGUGUUUUAACUAAGAGUCUCAGUAAGGACUCUUCAUUUUCAUCUGCCAAAUCUUUGCCAGAUCUUCUAGGGGGUUCCAAUUUGGUGAAGCCCUGCCCAUGCCACGGAGGAGACAUGAGUCAAAAUUCAGGCAGUGAGAGUGGAAUUGUCAGUGAAGGAGACACUGAAACCACUACCAACUCUGAAAUGUGCUUGCACAAUGUGGUGGAUGGGUCCCCAAGUAACCCUGAAACUGAACAUCUGGACCCACAAAUGGGAGAUGCAGUUAACGUGUUAAAGCAAAAGUUUAAAGAUGAGGAGGAACAAAUUAAGCUUCCAAAUAGCUCUCAGUUAUCCAUUUCACCAGUCGGUUGUGUAAAUGGAAAAGUUGGAGAUUUAAACAGUGUUACCAAACAUACCCCUGAUUGUUUGGGAGAAGAAUUACAAGGAAAACACGAUGUGUUUACAUUUUAUGAUUACUCGUACCUCCAAGGCUCAAAACUCAAAUUACCAAUGAUAAUGAAACAGUCACAAAGUGAAAAAGCACAUGUGGAGGAUCCCCUGCUUCAUGGUUUUUAUUUUGAUAAAAAAUCCUGCAAAUCUAAACAUCAGGCUACGGAGUUACAACCAGAUGCACCUCCCCAUGAAAGGAUUUUGGCAAGUGCAUCUCAUGAAAUGGAUCGCAAUUCAUAUAAAAGUGGUGAUGUAGAGAAGACAUUCACUGGCAUGCAGAAUGCCAAACAGCUCUCCCUUUUAUCUCAUAGUUCCUCUAUUGAGUCUCUUUCUCCAGGGGGUGAUUUAUUUGCAUUGGGCAUCUUUAAAAAUGGCAGUGACAGCCUCCAGCGAAGCACUUCUUUAGAAAGUUGGUUGACAUCCUAUAAAAGCAACGAAGAUCUUUUUAGCUGUCACAGCUCUGGGGACAUAAGCGUGAGCAGUGGCUCAGUUGGUGAACUGAGUAAAAGAACAUUAGAUCUCCUGAAUCGUUUGGAGAAUAUCCAGAGCCCUUCGGAGCAAAAGAUAAAGCGAAGUGUUUCCGAUAUCACUCUUCAAAGCUCUUCCCAAAAGAUGUCUUUUCCUGGCCAACUGUCAUUGGACAUAGCAUCUUCUAUCAAUGAAGACUCGCCAGCAUCUCUUACAGAACUUAGCAGCAGUGAUGAGCUCUCUCUUUGCUCAGAGGAUAUUGUGUUACACAAGAACAAGAUCCCGGAAUCAAAUGCAUCAUUCAGGAAGCGCCUGCCUCGUUCGGUGGCCGAUGAAAGUGAUGUCAAUGUCAGCAUGAUCGUGAAUGUCUCUUGCACCUCUGCCUGCACUGAUGAUGAAGAUGACAGUGACCUCCUCUCCAGCUCAACGCUCACCUUGACAGAAGAAGAACUAUGCAUCAAAGAUGAGGAUGACGACUCCAGUAUUGCAACAGAUGAUGAAAUUUAUGAAGAUUGCAACUUGAUGUCAGGGCUGGACUAUAUAAAGAAUGAGCUGCAGACCUGGAUUAGACCGAAGUUUUCCUUGACAAGAGAUAAGAGAAGGUGUAAUCUCAGUGAUGAAAUAAAGGGCAGUAAGGAUGUAAGUAGUAGUGAGGUGAACAAUUCCUCUGACACCCUGAACAUUGAGGCCCUUCUAAAUGGCUCCAUAAAACAUCUAUCCGAAAAUAAUGGAAAUAGUAAGAAUUUACCCCACACCUGUGAGUUAGGGACAAAGGGUGAAAAUAAGAAAAAUAUUUUCAAAGUUAAUAAAGAUCCGUAUGUGGCAGACAUGGAAAAUGGCAAUAUUGAAAGUAUUCCAGAAAGGCAGAAGGACAAACUGAAUGAGAUUUCAAAGGAAUCAGAAAAUCUUGGUUCAACUGGGAAAAGGAUUUCAGAGAGUGAGCAUUGUGAGUGCCAAGCGUUUAUGGAUAGCUCAGAUGAUUCAAAUAUUGCUGGAAAGGAAUUUGUUCCCCAGAUGGUUAGACAUGUUCCAAAGAAAUGUCAAAAUCACCACCAUUUUGAAAAUCAAAAUGCUGCUUCUACUCCCACUGAGAAGUCUUGUCCAGAACUGCCUUCAGAAACCAGUGUUAUCAAUAGACAGGACUCUGAGGUACUGAAAUCUUCAUCUAAUGAUGCACCAAAUAUGGCUGGAAAAUCUGCUGGUUGCUGCCUAGCACUUGAACAAAAUGAAACAGAGGAAAAUGUUUCUAUCAGUGACAACGUUUCCUGUUGCAACUGUGACCCAGAUGUUUUCCAUCAAAAAGAUGCUGAAGAUUGUUCAGUACACGACUUUGUUAAGGAAAUCAUUGACAUGGCUUCAACAGCCCUAAAAUGUAAAUCUCAACCUGAAAAUGAGGCAGCUGCUCCUACUUCAUUAACUCAAAUCAAGGAGAAGGUGCUGGAACAUUCUCACCGGCCCAUCCAGCUGAGAAAGGGGGACUUUUAUUCAUACUUAUCUCUCUCAUCUCAUGACAGUGAUUGCGGGGAGGUCACCAAUUACAUAGAAGAGAAGAGCAACACUCCACUGCCACCAGACAUGACUGACUCUGGCUCAGAAGACAAGGAAGACACCGAAUGCUUCUUCGAGGCCUGUGUUGAGGAGGACCCUGCUGAAUACCAGUCCUGUUUCUCCAGCGCUCUUCCAAAUGAACCUGCAGUUCCCAGUGAAGCUCCAGUGCCACUGCAAGCAGCCGCAGGCUCUUCCAAGUUCAGUGAUACUUCUCUCCUCGUUGAUGAUGCAGACAUGAUGGCUCUUUCAGGUCCUCCCCCUCCAAAAAGAGGUGAUGUAGGAAAGGAAGUGGAUGGUUUACCCCAAGCUUCUAAUGUCUAUGGAGAAAGCUCAGAGUUAACUACUCCUUCAAGGCUGAGCAGUGAAAAGGAGAGUUCAGAAAACCCAGGUGAGUCUGGAAGGCCAGAAGAACAUGAUGCUUCUUCAGCCCAAUCUAGAGUUCCUGGAUUCUCCUCGAAGGCAAAGCAGCCAAAAGACACGGCUGCAUUGCAUCCCAACCCCAAAACUUUAACCUGUGAAGAAAAUCUUCUGAACCUUCAUGAAGAACGACAUAGAAAUAUGCAUAGGUAGAAUGUAACCCUCUCCAAGCAUGAAAAUCAUCUCAUUGAAAGGUAAGCCUGGCUGCAACUCAGGGGUGGCCUCAUAUUUCCGCCCUGGGCUGGUCUCUGGUUCCAUCGUGUCACUGCCAUUUGUUACAUUGACCUCUCCCAAGAUGAAUCUUUCUUCCGAAUGCGGUUGCCCACAUGAGCCUUGUGAUCUGGAUGUGUGCACUGGUUCUCUUUAGGUGGUUGUCUUUGAAGUUCAGCAAAGCUGCUUGUUCUCCCAUGGAUUCCUGUCCCAAGCUACCUCUACUGACCCCACCUCUCCAGAGAGACUUUUCAGUUUGCCUUCUCCCCUCCCCAUCUACUCUCUAAAAUCCUGCAGUUCACCAAAUUGAUGGUCCAUUAAAUUCACCUGUCUGGAAUGACGCCCUGCUGGUACUUGACAAAUUUCAUGUUUCAGUCUGGAUUUUUUUUAUGGUAUGAUGCCUGUGUUCAUGGAAAGAGGUUUACCUUAAAGGCCAACAUUUGAUUUGAUAGCAGCAUAGAGAAGAAACACUGGCCCUUCUUUCAAAAUUAAGCAACUUUUAAAAGCGCCAUUUUAUUUAUUUCCUUUUAAAAAUAAUAAUCUAUGCAGCACUUCAGGAAACAACUAUAUGGUGUUGUAUAUUAUAAACUGGUGACAUUCUACUAUUAAAUUAUGUACAACAUUUUUGUUUUUUAUGCUUCAUGAGGUGGCAAUGAGAAAAAAGUUUUUUAAAAAAGUGUGCCUUGCUGUAUUUCUUAUACCAUUUAUUAAAAAGCUGCUUUCACGGUAAAAUUAUGUUGGUUUGAAAGGAGGAAAUAGCAAGGUUAAGAUGUGUGAAUAAUUUCUGUAUAUAUGUAUAACCAAGUACAAACACUGAUGUAUAUGACAGUAUAAAAUGCUUUCAUUUUUGUGACGUCUAGUGAUGUGGAAAAUAUAAGCCUUAAAUCCAUUAGAUUGCAUGGUAAUUAAAAUUGGCAUAAUAAACAUAGUUUAUUGGGGGAAAAGGAAAAUUAGUGAUCUCUUCUACCUGUGUUCUUUACCAAAUUAUUGCAUCUGGUUCUGGAAAAAUGUGACAUGUAGCAGCUUCCAAAAUAUCCAUAUUGUAUAAGAGACUUAAAAUUACUUAAACUACACAUGAUGCUGUCACAGUUUCCAAAAUCUUUCUGGUAACUAUAAAGAUCUUGGAACACAAAUGAUUAAAUGCCAGUUCCCCUAAACCAAUAAAAAUGUAUCCUAGAUAUUUUAUUUCUACUUAUCAUUAAUGGUUUAGUGUUGGGUUUCAGGAUACCUAGUAUAUCUUGUAUUUAUUUUAUAUAAUUAUUUUGAAUGGGUUUGAUGGAAAGAGGGUAGAGAAGUAUAAAAAAGUUGAUUAUUUUUUGAUUUAGACUAUAGAUUUCAGGUGUAUUUAUUUUGUGUAAAAGAAAUUAGCUAAGAAAUAUUCCAUUUAGUCUUUACUACUCUUGUUAAAUGUAGUUUUGAAUUUAUAUCCUAUACCUACUAAAGUGCCUGACACAUAGUAGGUAUUGAAUAAAAAUGUGCUGAAUUGAAGUAUUGAAUUAGGUAAUAUGGAUGACAUUUAUCUAUUCAUUUUGAGAAACCUACACUAAAACACUUAUAAACAAUUAGAAAAAUGAUGAAAUGCAAUAUAAAACCAUAUAAUAUUUAAUCAGUUUAUAUCAAAUUUCAAAAAGAAAUAAUGUAGAUUCAGAUAGUCACAGUAACGACAAUCAUUCAUUCAACUGAUAAUUCAUUAACAUCUUUUACCUGCAAGGCAUUGUUCUAGACGCAGGGGAUGCAAUGAUGAACAAACAAAAGCCCUGCCCUCAGGAGGCUUACCUACAUUAUGGACGAGGUGAACACACAGUGAGAUUCAGUAGUUGUCCUGUACAUGAGGAAGAGAACAAAGCAGUGAAAGAGGCACAAAGACAGAAACAGCAAUGAAGGACAAGGAGGAAAAAAAGGGUUAAAAGAGAGCCGGAAGUUAGACAGUAGAAAAUAGUGCAGCUUUAUUGCAGGGAUAGUAGGAGAAACAGUAAAUUGUGAGACUUAAUGAAGGAUCUUUUAAAAUGUUAGGUUGGAGCUUUUGUAUGUAAUAUGCUAAGUAGUAAGGAAACUUUGUAUCAUCUUUGUUUUGCACCGGAUUUUAUUUAUGAUUAGAACUUCAUUAGUACCACACCAAGAACAUUUAAAAAAUAAUAGCCUAUAGUUCUGCCACUUAAUAACUAUUUAUAUUGUUAUGCCUCUUCUAAUCUUUUCCAUACAUAUUUCUAAAUUGAUGAAUCAUUCUAGGCUUUUUAAUGGGUAGCAAUUUGUUCAAAAGGGGUUUUAGGCAGACAUCUAGCUGCAGUAUUCAAAAUGAUUACAGGGGAAAGAGAUUAGAGGUAAAUGCCUCGUUAGGAGGCAGCUGUAGAAAAUUAAGCUAGGCUCGAGAUGAUCACAGAGUACACAGGGUUGGCAGCCCAGACCAUAGAGAAGGAACAAAUCCUAGAGUCUCUGAAAUACCCAAGAGCAUUCUGGAGCUCCGCUGAGGUACGGUAUUACUUUAUAUACUGAGACAACCUAAAUUUUCCUUGAGUAGUAAUUAACCAUGCCAGGUCUAAGUCUAUUGCUAAAACAUUUGAAGAGCAAACUGACUGAGAUGUUCUGUUUACCUGUUGUGUGCUCAUUGAAGACUUUGAGGUAUUGAAAAUAUGCGUUUUUUAAUUAUCUGCUUAGUAUUAACACCAAAUUUGUAGCAUGACUUUCUGGUUUAUUGAACAGUGCUUUUUCAGGCUGGAAGUGAUGGAAUAGCCUCAAUCCUUCACUCUAGGUAGGCACGACCCCCCCUGCCCCCACCAGGCCGCCUUGAAAACGGUCACACCAACUCUGCCUACACACUUUCAGUGACCGUGGUUCAUUGUCUGUCAAGGCAAGCUUUCCCACCGUUGGAUGUGUCUCUUUGGUAGAAACUUAUUUCUUAGGUUGCUAAAAUCUGCAUAGUUCUGCCUUCCCCUCGCCUUUAAUUUUGCUCAGUGGUCCUAAUUCUGUCCUGAUGAGCCGCUCAGAGUAUUUCUGCUCCUUUCUCCUGGCAACCCUGAAGAGAGAGACCAGUCAGUCACCCUCUCCCAGCUGCUGUGAUUUCUGUUCUUCAGUUCCCUCCACCACCCUUCAUUUGUCACGAUUUUCAGAUCCAUUUAUACCUGACUGAAUGUUAAGAGGCAGUAUCCUUGAAACUGAGGAACUGUCUUGCUCAUCAUACAUGUAGAAAAAUAUCCGAACAUUUAAGUGGUAAGUUUUCUCUCAAAAUAUAUCCAAGAUAUAUGUUUAUUCUAUUAUUGUAAAUUUCAAUAAAUAAAUAAAUAAGUAAAUAAAUAAGAAUUCAUUACUUCCUUCAGUGGCCCAGUCCAGUGCUGGAGUCAUGUUGAAUCCUUUCCUUACGUCAAAUGUGAACCUAACCCGUUUCCAUCUAAAGCAGGGUCCCCCCAC